GCCCACUAUACACAGAAAGGCAAAGAUUUGAUAACCACUACGUUUAUAAUAGAUAUGGCGGAUGUUACCGUUACCGCAUAGGCAGGCAAGCAUCGGCAUCAUCAAAGCGUCUCAAGCUAGGCCAGAUACCAUCCCGAAGCGGCAACUCCAUGAUGGCGGAGAUCGCACAGUCCCAUCCACUUCCACCGGAUGCUCCGCCCUGCUGAAGUUCCCAUCCGACCAUCCUAUAAUCUAAAGCAAAACCGUGUCCUAUUCGGCUCCAUUCGCACGCCAUAUAUAAAUCUGAAGGAUCUGGCUUCGGACGGGACGUCGGAAUUUUCAAUCCUAUCAACGUCACUCCCCAGGUAAACAUUUCAACUUCACAGAUAAACGGUCCCCACAUACGAUGAGCAGCCCACCAGGAGCACAAGGAAUCGUAGUUUUCUCGGGAGGAAGCGCAGCGAACAAUCUCGUCGACGUCUUCAAGACCGUCAGGGAGAACAAGAAGUGUCCGCUGAGCUAUGUGAUUCCGAUCAGUGACAACGGUGGUAGCUCGAGUGAGCUGAUACGCGUAUUCGGCGGCCCUGGUAUUGGCGACGUAAGGAGUCGCCUGGUCCGCCUUAUCCCUGAUGACCCAGAUCACGACGACAGUGAGAAGGCGGCUAUCAAAGUCUUCUUCAACCAUCGCCUUCCCAAGGACAGACUUGCGGCCAAGCAGGAAUGGCUGCAGAUCAUUGAGGCUGAUCAUGCCCUCUGGGCGAACAUCUCGACCGCUAAGAAAGAGCUUAUCAGAUCGAUUCUCAACGUCGUCAAUUAUGAGAUACUGCAGAGACUGAGGCCCAGCUCAGCGUUCGACUUCAGCAGUGCCAGCAUCGGGAACCUUUUCCUCACAGGCGCCCGCCUCUUCACCAACUCCCUAGAAUCCGCAAUCUACCUCCUCUCUUCCAUCUGCUCCGUCCCAAGCCACACCUCCGUCCUCCCCGCCAUCUCCUCAAACUUCACGCACCACAUCCGCGCCGGCCUCGCCGACUCAACCUUCAUAACCGGCCAAAACGCCAUCUCGCACCCCUCGCACCCCUCCCACCUCGAAUACCCCUCCACCACCUCCUCCCCUCCCACCAGCACCAGCACAUCCGAAACAGAAUACCACGACACAAUCGAAGACGCCAACCCCCCGGGCUCCCUCCCCACCCUCCGAAAACCCUACCUCACCUUUUCCAAAACCCCCCCCACCCCCACCUCCGACGACCUGCCCGCCCGGAUAACACGCAUCUGGUACAUCAACCCGUACGGCCAAGAGAUCCGCCUCGCCGCGAACCCGCGCGUGCUCUCCGCGCUCUCGUCCGCCCAAGCCGUCGUCUACAGCAUCGGCUCGCUCUACACGUCGAUUGUCCCCUCGCUGAUACUGCGGGGCGUGGGGGCGGCGCUCGCGAGUCCGCGGAUACGGUGUAAGAUACUGGUUUUGAAUUCGACGGUGGAUAGGGAGACGGGGCCGUCGAGUAGGCCGUUUAGGGCGAUUGAUUUCGUGGGGGCGGUCGCGAAUGCGGCGGCGCAGUCGCAGUCUGUAGGGGGAGGGGCGGAAGGGGGGAAGGAACUGGGGAGGGAGGAGUAUGGGAGGUAUGUUACGCAUGUUAUACAUCUCGCCGGGGAGGGGACGCCGGAGGUGGAUAGGGGGGAGUUGCAGGGGCUUGGGAUUGAGUGUUUGAGGGUUUAUGGGAGGAGGGUCGAGGGCGAGGGGUGGGUGCGGUAUGAUGAGAAGGCGUUGGUGCAGGCGUUGGAGGUUACGAUGGGGAGGCGGGAGAGGGGGAUGGAGAGGUUGAGGAGGAAUACGCUUGAGGGGUAG